AUGCAUUUCUCCAAUGACGAAGUUAUUUUCCAGCAACCAUCUCAUUUAUCGCCUAAUGGGUUGACUGGAAAUUUCAGUCAGUUAUAUUCCUCUUCUCAACAACAGUGCUUCCAGCAGCAACAACAGCAGGUGUUUUAUCCGCAGUUGAAUAACAGUCAAAACCAGGUACAUUUGCCUACCGAUCUGCUUUACCCAUGCUACCCGCAGCAACCCCACGAUAUUCCCGCACAAGAUCACUCGAUGAUGAUACAAUAUCCAUUGUCAUCAGUACCAGCGCUGCCGCUGCCCUCCCUGCCGUCUUUUGACACCACUAGACCAAGAUUGAUAAAAACUAAGGACCUCGAGCAGCAGCGGAAUCAGCAAAAAGUGUGCUCCAACUCGUCGUGCCAGGUUGCGCUAAGCCCCACGUGGAGACGGCGCAAGCGCGAUAAUGCACGGGUAUGCAAUAGCUGCGGGUUAUACGAAAGUCUUCACGGAACCGACAGGGUGAUGGUUGUCAACGCGCAAGGCCAGAAAGUUGUCAAGCGUAAGCCCAGGGGUACGGGAAAAAAGGCCAGGGAAAACAAGAUUCGAGAGGCGCUGACCCAGCAGCAGCAGGCAGUUGAUUAUAUGAUGCAGUUUGGCGGUGUCCGUCCAAACCAUGCGCAGCGGCAGCAAGAGCAUAUGCAACAACUUUUAGAAGACCAGGCAGCCAUCGACAAUUUGUCCCAGAACACGGUUGUGCAGCCAGCCGCCGAUGACAUGUUCAAUGCACUUGCACCCUUCCAAAUCUACAGCCAGCCAACCAACUAA